AUCCCCCGUGACGGGCGCGCCUUCCUUUCCUGACGUCGGGGCUCUUGCUUUCCUUCCGGCGAGCAUGUCUUUUCCUUUACCAACUCGCCUGAUUCUUCUCGAUUACGGCGUUGCCACUCGCCCCCAUAGCGAUACCUAGCCAUGUCCGCCCAAUCGCAGGCUUUGACCAAGCGUCAAAGCGACACCAGCCUCAUGCCCCCGCCACCCCCGCCGAAGCGCAUUAAACGGGCGGCAACCGUGCUUGACGAGGAUGUUUAUACCAACUCUCUAUCUGAGAUCAUUGCGCGGGAUUAUUUCCCCGGCCUUUUGGAGGCUCAAGUGAAACAGGAGUACUUGGAUGCGCUGGAUUCGAAAGACAAGGAAUGGAUCGCGAGUUCGAAGAAGAAGUUGACCGGUCUCAUGAGGACGCCCGGACGAGCCCGAUCACGCCUUGGCUCAGCCAGCAUGACACCACAACGUACCGGUGCUGGACGGCCAGGGAAUACACCCAUGGGCUGGGGAGGGGAUACACCUAUGUCAGUCAUGUCUGCAGCCUCCUCGUCAACAACCCCGAACAAUGACCAUGUUUCGGCCCCGGAUGUUUCCCGCCUUGGACUGCUAGAGUUUCAGGCCAAAUACACCAGCGAAGACAAUGAGUCCUUUAAUAAGGCUCUCGAUAAACAGAACGAAAAGCAUCGCGAGAGGUAUAAGUGGCUCUGGAGUGGAAAUAAAAUCCCGACUGCAAGACAGAUUGCGCAUCGGCGACGAGAGGUCAAACGGAUCGAGGCCCAGGGCGGUAAUGCAGAUCAACAUAAACAGGUAGCCAUCAAGACGGAUUUGGACGUCCGGCCUGCGAAUCCCGACACUUGGAAGAGCCGACCGGAGAACUCCCUUAUGUUCACGCCUUCAUCCGUCGAGGAUUCGUAUGAGACUACCCAGCAGAAAGCAGAAGCGUCGUCGCGGGCAGGGCCCAAACGAGUCGUUUUUCAGAACACACGGCUGCCAGACGGGGUCCUUCAUCAGACGUCAUCUGAUGCAACUGCACCUCCGCCCUCGCCGUCGAUAUCGGCCAUCAAAGACGCUAUUGCCGGACGUCCACAUCCAACCGAAUCCGAACCAGGGUACACAGGGAGUGAGACGCCCCGAGUCAAUGGGUACGCUUUUGUCGAUGAAGACGAGCCCGAGUACCUCGUUGCCUCAUCUAAAGACGAUGGCCAUGCAAUUUCCUUGGAUGAUCUCCGCCUGCUUGGUAGCAGUGAUGCGACUCCGAAUCCUUUCGAGAUUAAGGAGAACCGGAGGCGAGAAGAUAUCCAUCAUCGCAUGGUAGAUCUCGUGGCGCGGUCAAGGCGUGCGGAGAAAUCCAUCCGUGAGGCCAAAACCCCCGUGACGCCGCGGUUCGCUAGUAGUCCACGACUGGACUUUGGGUUGCGCACACUCGGUGCGGCUACACCGGGAAGAACAAACAAGGCGUUGACGCCUGCAGCACAGAAGCUGCUUCAUCAGGUGGGAAGCACCCCUCGUCUUGGGUCGUCUGCGACCUCAUCACUGAGGAACAUGUGGACACCGACUCCGAGAAGGGGCAAAUAAAAUGGUGUCCAUUUUGAUGCUAUUCUUUUCUAUUCCGUGCACUCCACCUUAGCGUUUACAUUACACCUUAAAUACUAGGCAUUUGAAAUGGUGUUGGGAUGGGGUUUAAUGCGGCUAUGAGAUAAUUAUGUUUUUCACUGCAGGUCACCUAUUGGGGACCCUGUCAAUUGUUCUGUACACAUAUCACCCCAUGACGGCUUGCUGGCUUACCAGCUUUCUAGACUCUAACCAUUUAACCAACCAUCUCAGGCAAGUAAGCUAAUCUUUAUAUAAUAAUCUGCCGCGCUUAAUGUGAAGAGACAGGGUUGCUGUCAAAUAUAGGUCUAUCACAGAUCAUGUGUCCAAUCCAUUCUCUCUGGCUGGAGGUCUAUGUUGAGAAGAAUUCGACACAGUCAUGGCAUCUUAAAACAUUGCA